CUUUGCGCCAAUCCGGGCUAUUACGAUGGGCUGGUUCAACAGACCGAGCACAAUGAAAAUCACGUUAUCAACGAAAUCGAGCGCGACCUGCAUAGGUCCCUUCCCGAGCACCCUGCCUAUCAUACUAAAGAGGGAUUAUCUGCUCUUCGACGCGUACUUGUCACCUACGCCUAUAAAAAUCCGAGUAUUGGUGAGAAAUGCCCUAAUAUGCUUUUAAAAUCCAUUUGUGUAAUGAUGAUCUCCAAGGCUUGUUACUUCUGA